AUGACAGAGACUAAUAAAAUAAUAAAAGUAUUGGUAACAGGUGAUAUUGGUGGAUCAUUUCAACAGUUAUUUAAACGAGUAGAAACAGUCAAUAAAUCUGCUGGUCCAUUCGAUUUAUUGUUAUGUGUAGGUGCUUUCUUCUUACCAUAUCAUCAUCAUCAUCAACAACAACAUAGUAAUAAUAACAAUGAUAAACAAGAUAAUAGUAAUGAUAAUAAAGAAUCAAAUAAUAUUGAAAUACCCAAAGAAUUACAACCUUAUAUUAAUAAUGAGAUGAAAGUACCAAUACCAACAUACUUUAUUAUAAAUCAUCAAGAUGAAGUUAGAUAUUUAAAUCUAUUGAAUAUCAAUAAUGACAAUCAUAAACUAUGUGAUAAUCUAUAUUAUUUAGGUAAAAGUGGUGUUAAAACUAUAACUGGUUUAAAUAUUGCAUAUUUAUCAGGUUCUGUUGGUUAUCCUGUUAAAGAGAAACUCGAUGAUCCAUCGGAUAUCUCAAUAUGUAAAGACGAUAUAGAUAACAUUAUAGCGCAAUCGGCCGACAAGAAGAUUGAUAUAUUAUUAACAAAUCAAUGGUCCAGAGGUGUAUUAUCAAAUGUUGAUCAAUCUACUUUAGUAUCAUUGAAUAUAAAGAAUGCAAUGGUUAAAGGUAUGGAUGGAAUCAAAGAUGUUGCUAUACCACUGUCACCGGUAUAUCAUUUCUCAAAGGAGAUGAACUACUACCAGAGAGUACCCUAUAUGAACCCGACAUCAAAGCUCAACCCAGUUACACGUUUCAUUGCAUUGGCACCAGUAGACAACGAUCGCAAACAGAAGUAUCUCUUUGCAAUGAACUAUCAACCCGAUAAAGUAGAAUCUAGUCUAACAGAUGCAACUGGAUUUCCUUUCAUUGAUAAAGAUAGCAAUAUUAAUAAGAAACAAAGAAUUGAUAGAAAUAAUAAUAGAGACAACAGAGAUAAUAAUAACAAUAAUAGACAAUCAAAUUAUCAACAGAGAAAUGAUAAUUCAAAGAAGAGAAUGAAUACACAGGAUUGUUGGUUUUGUCUGUCACAACCAAAUGUAGAGAGUCAUUUGAUUGUUACAAUUGGAUCGGAAUCGUAUUUGGCUAUUCCAAAGGGACCGAUAGUUGAACAUCACAGUCUGAUUGUUUUCAUCGAACACAAGCCAUCGGUUGUUUCACUGUCGGAUUCAGAGUUGGAAGAUGUCAACAAGUUUGUAAGUGCACUGACUGACUUCCACAAGGAGACAAGCAAUUCAGUGCCAGUGAUAUUCGAACGACAUCAAUUGGCACGAUUCCAAAACCAGUUGCAUGGACAUCUGCAGGUGGUUCCUAUUCCUCUGGCAAUGGCAGACAAAGUAGAGCAAGCGUUCAUCGACGAAGCAACCACCAAGAACAGCAAUAUCAAAUUUAACAAGUUGGCAAAGGAUGCCAGUCUGAAAGAUGCCGUUGGCGACAACCAUUAUUUUAACGUCAGACUGCCGAGUGGUGAGCAACUCUACGCAAUCAUCGGUGACGACAGCAAUCUGGAUCUCCAAUUUGGCAGACAGGUACUGGUGAAUCUACUGAACCUACCGGAUCGUCUCAAUUGGAAGAAAUGUACAGUCUCCAAAGAAGAGGAAACCGAACAAGCACUUGAUUUCCGUACCAAAUUCCAACCUUAUUUCGACAAACUUGAAAAUGAUCAAGAAGAAUAA